UUUGGACUUCAUUAGAUCUCAUAUCACCUCAUGAGCAGCAAGGACAAUAAUCUGAAAACAGCAAUUAAACAGAUCUGUGUAUCAGAGCAACAGAUGGAGUUCUGGCCCGAGAAUCAGGGGCAGUCCCCUCUAUACUCCAAAUUUGGUACUGUUCCUGGGCGAAAUUGUACACAUAACUACCAUGACAGACAUCAGGUACCCCAUUAUCCACUGUACUAUGGUGAGCAGCAGGAUCAAGGCAGGGAGUCCAGUUACUGGACUGUACCAGGAUCAAGAACAGGAGGGGCACCACAGGAGUACACCAACUGGAUGGACCAAGAGCUGACUGCCCCUACUUCUUCUCACUUCCCUUUUAUUCUAGACCGUCACGUUCAGCAGCACCAGGACCUGGGAGACUAUCAGCCGCAUGAAGCCAGAGACAGAGAGUGGAUAGCAGCUCAGCGAGCAGCGAGGGAAUACGACAGAGGAUUUCUGAGGGAGGCAUGGCAGAGGAGGUGGGAGCCCUGUGGUCCUGUUCGCUACAGCAGGGACGUUUCUGCUAAGAGGAGCGACAGCAGCUAUCGAGAGCUGGAGGCUUGGGCAGCUCGAUACAGCCAUUCACUUCCAAGGAGGAGACGUAUAGAGGCAGAGUUGAGGGGAGCUUCUAAGGGGCUGUUGGAGAGCAGCAGGGCUCCAGAGAGGGACAGCAGGAGUGGGACAGAUCCUCGAGUGGUAGCACUGCAACAAGUCAGACAAUCCGCAAACAUCAGAGAAUCAGGACUGUGGGAUAGAGGGGGCAGACAGCAAGGGCCAACCUAUUAUUCAUCACAAACUCCUGCCACAGACACAAGCCACAUGUUGGACAUCAAAGAAAAGACCGGCUACCAACGGAGGAUGUUCAGCCAACCUCCUGGCUAUAUUGCUCCUCCUCCCUAUGACAGCUCACACAAAGGUUCACCUGUAUUGCAUCACUGUGACACCAGUUGGGAGCAAGAAGGUAAGAGACAAGCCUACUGGUCUCAGCCCACACCCAGAAAGCACGAUGUCUCUGUAGAUCUGCAGGAUCACAAAAAAGGAGAGAAGGAGGAGCUUACAAAAUCAGAUGGGAUUCAAAGAAGCUUCCCAGAGCACAGACGACAGGAAUCAGAUGCUUUACAUGCAAGCAGUCCUUUUAGUAUCCAGGAAACACACCUACAGUAUGAGGGUAUGUUGUCUCUUCAACAACCACAAGUGUUACAAGCAGUUGAGAAUAAAAAGACAAAUGAGGAACCAUCCUCAAAAGUCAUUGAAGGAAGGAAGUUCAGGUUAAACAGAAAGACAGGUGGGAUGACCAUAUUCUGCUUGGUGUCUCGCAUAGCAGGCACCACAGAAACCCCAUCUUUGCCACUUUGUACCUCGCAAACAAACAUUCAAAACACAGAAUUAGGAGGCGUUUCUAAAGGUCUAAGGGACAGUAUUGGCAGUAAUCAAACACACAAACUUGUAGAUGAAGUAGACGGCAGAGAGCCAACACCCACAGAGCAGUCAAAUACUUCUGAUGCGAGAAAUGUCAAAGCCAAACAGAAGGAGACACCAACCUGCGUAGAAAGUGAGAUGCUUGAGGAUAAUAUAUUGAACAAAGCAGAGACAGAUGGUGUCGUCCCAGAAAAAUUAAAUACAAAUUAUGCUGAUUCUACAUGUGGGAGACAAGUUGCUGAGUCAGUGCAACCUGUGUCAGUUAAAUACCCUUUGUGGAGGGAGCCUAGUAUCACAAGCAGGGCUGAAACUAAGAGUUCAUCCAAAUGUUUGAAAGCAAACAGUGAGGAAAGAGAAUCAGAUGGUGUGCACAAGCAAGAGGACUUGAGUAAAGUUAAUCCAAUUGAUGUUGAAGUAAGGAGACUGGACAACGAGACAGACACAGACUCUGAAGACAGUAAGGUUCUACUGGUUAUCGACACAACCUGUGUUGUUGUUAAAAUGGAGCGGAUUCCAUCACCCAAGAAAGAGCAUGUUCACUAUUUACACACCGAACACAGUCCACUUGAUAUUCAAUCAACCGUCUCUCCUGAAUGUGUCCAAUCAAACAGUCAGCUGAAUCAGGAUGCGACAACUGACCAAAACUCAGAAAGCAACCCCUUCCAAAUUAAUGGAAGGUCUGAAACCAAACUACACUCAGAUCUCAUAGAGAAAAAAGCACCUGAGGGAGAAAGUAAAAUCUCUUCCUUCUGCAUGUCCUCAUCUUCAGUUUCUGAAAGGGAAACGUUGGAGGAGCGCGCUGAAAGGAUCCUAGGAAUCCCUCUAGAUGACUGCAUUACUAAGCAGCAACCUGAAGAUGCAGCGUUGCUUCUUGACUCGUGUGUGGAGGACCAGGAGGUUGAACCAUCUCCAGUUAAAGAUAACAACGCUGAUGAUGCAGUUGAACAAAUCCCAGAGGACACAAAAGAAGAGGAACAGUCACAGAACCAGUUAGAGGUUGGCCAAACUGAGGAGGCUGUGUGUUUGCAAGAGAAUGAUGAUUCCAAAGAUCAGGCGACAAAUGAAGGUGCUGAGGAUUUUGCAGGACUUCAGGUUCAGGUGUCUAAUCUGUCUGAAGAGAAUGACUCCCAACUCGAAACUGACAUCAAACCUUCACCUGAAAUUGAAAUGACUAAGGAUCCUCUGCUUAAACCCGCUAGUGAAGAGGGUACAACUGAGCAGGAAGAAAAUCAUCCUAUUGAAAAUGAUACUUCCUCUCACCAUCCCUGUAAGUGUCUCAGUCCACCCAGCAACCUCUCUUAUUCUUCUUCGCUUUCACCCUCCCCAGACUGUGAAGAGCCGAACCCUACUCUUUCUCUUAUGCUCUCAUCCUCUGAUCUUACCCCUCUCAUGCAUAUUUCAGAAUCAAACAUAGAGGAAGGUCCUGAUCCUGAGUUGACUGCCCUCAAUUCCGCAGAAAACCUAGCUCUUCACCCUGAAACCUCAUCUCUGCCUUACACCCCAUCACCUCUUCCUCCUAGAUCUAAUGACUUUUCCCCAAGCUCCAUUCCCCAUACAGACCAUUUCCCAAGCCUGUCUCCUCUUGAUUUAAUAGAUCAAACUGCAGACGCUGUAUUCAGUGUUGAGGACCAGGUAAAAGAGGAUGACACAUCACAGCUAAUAAACAAUGAGAUCAGUGACCCCUUUGAGGACCUUGCCAAAGAUAUGACAGAGGAGCUGUUAUUACAGCAACAAUUUGAAAGUGGCCAACCAGAUGAUGAUUCUUGUGUGAAUGAGAGCAAUGUCACUGAUGAGCAACAAACAGAAGAAGCCGAUAAGGAUCCUACAGGCCAUACUAUGGAACAGAUUCUUAAAAUAUCCAAAGAAAAUGCCAUAGAGGUUGAUAUUCUGCAGCAACAACUUGAACGUGUCCUAGCAGAGGAUGUUACUAGUGUUAAAGAGAGUCAUAUGACUGAAGAGCAGCUACCAAAAGAAGUCGAUGAUCCUACAGGUCUUUUGGAACAGACAAUAUCCCAACAAUACGUGACUGACAGUCAAACUCAAACAGAGGUCAACAUUUUGCAGCAACAAUUUGAUAAUAGCCAAGAAGAGGUUGCUUUUCUAAAAGAGAGUGAUAUGACUGAGGAGCAAUCACAAAAAGAAGCUGAUGAGGAGCCUACAGGUCUUAUGGAACAGACACUAUCCACAGAAAACGCUACAGACUCUCAAACUCAAAUACAGAUCAACAUUUUGCAGGACAUUGAACCACAGACUAAGCCCUCUAACUCUUCUCCUCCCUCAACUUCAGAAGAGAGUUGUAUGACUGAGGAGCAAUCACAAAAAGAAGCUGAUGAGGAGCCUACAGGUCUUAUGGAACAGACACUAUCCACAGAAAACCCUACAGACUCUCAAACUCAAAUACAGAUCAACAUUUUGCAGGACAUUGAACCACAGACUGAGCCCUCUAACUCUUCUCCUCCCUCAACUUCAGAAUCAACUUCAGAAGAGAGUGAUAUGACUGAGGAGCAAUCACAAAAAGAAGCUGAUGAGGAGCCUACAGGUCUUAUGGAACAGACACUAUCCACAGAAAACCCUACAGACUCUCAAACUCAAAUACAGAUCAACAUUUUGCAGGACAUUGAACCACAGACUGAGCCCUCUAACUCUUCUCCUCCCUCAACUUCAGAAUCAACUUCAGAAGAGAGUGAUAUGACUGAGGAGCAAUCACAAAAAGAAGCUGAUGAGGAGCCUACAGGUCUUAUGGAACAGACACUAUCCACAGAAAACCCUACAGACUCUCAAACUCAAAUACAGAUCAACAUUUUGCAGGACAUUGAACCACAGACUGAGCCCUCUAACUCUUCUCCUCCCUCAACUUCAGAAUCAACUUCAGAAGAGAGUGAUAUGACUGAGGAGCAAUCACAAAAAGAAGCUGAUGAGGAGCCUACAGGUCUUAUGGAACAGACACUAUCCACAGAAAACCCUACAGACUCUCAAACUCAAAUACAGAUCAACAUUUUGCAGGACAUUGAACCACAGACUGAGCCCUCUAACUCUUCUCCUCCCUCAACUUCAGAGUCAGACUGCGAGGUGUCUCAAUCACCAGAUGUGCUCUCACCCUCCAAGCUUUCUUCUCGGCGACACACAUCAAACGAGUCAGAUGCAGAGUUCGUCACUCUUUUGGAAAUGGACUCAGUCUGUCCCCCAGCUCUAAAUCCUGAUUCUGCUCCAGCUGCUGGCAUCCCAGAAACUGUCCCCCCUCCUCUUCAUCUGGACUCUUGUGAAGAAUCCCUUCAGUUCUCAUAUCCCUUUUGCAUGGAUUCACCCACAGAGCUGCCUUCCAGCUCUUCAAGUGGAAGUGUUGACCAUGACUUAACCCUCAAAGAAGAGCCCCAGUAUCCCAAGUCCCUGUGGGAUGCAGUUAAUCGCAUUAGGAAACAUACAGCGCCUGACUCUGAGAAUGAGGAGGAGGAAGUGAGUGAGCUGUGGGAUCCAGAGAGUGUAGUGGAGGACUUGGAUGUGAUAGUGGGCAUGCCUUCUGAGAGGAUAGUUUUUGAUGGAGCAGGGCAACAGGAAGUUUCAGCAGAAGGAAGUGUUGGGGAUGUAGAGGUGGGACAAAUCCAGGCGGAUCCGUGCCACGAAGAGCCUUUACAUGCUGAAGAAGACACACUGUCAUGCAGCAGCACCUGCAGCCAAGGCUCUGGGGACACCGUUAUUGUAGCAGAUGAGGACGAGGUCGAGGAAUCGCCACCUGAUGCCGGGACGGAGAGCAAGGCUGAGGGGGAGCGAUGUUUCUCUGCUAAAGUAAAAGAUGAGACUGCAGCUAAGGAAGAGGGAGAUAAUGAUGGAGACGAGAGCGUCACAAAUAUGUCUAGUCAGAGGGAGGAGUGCCUGGUUGAGGUGGCGAAUAUAACAAUGCAGGCAGUGGAAAUGACAGAAACAGAGCAAGAAGAAAAGGAGGAGGUAGUUUCCGUGCCCUCAGAGGUCUCCGAUGAAGGGAUGAUUGAAAGUAUGUCUUUAAAAUAAUUGGAUAAACAAGGAACGCUAGUCUGAUGUUGAGUUGAAAUUCUAACAACUCUGUACCAUCUACAUUUGUAUUGUGCCUGAUAAGGAUUGAAAGUCAUUUCCUCAAUAACAUUUUGUAGCAGAUUUUUAAUGUAUGUUUUAGUUUUAGUGUAAUCUUAGACCUUUUAUUUUUGAUGGGUAGUGAUGAUGCAUUUACUAUUGUUAUAGAAAUGUAGGAAUUUGACAUUAGGGAAAUCUAAAAUAUCCAAACCAUCUGUUUGACAAAUUUAUUCUUGUAAAGCAGUAUCUUACAUACUUUUUCUUUAAAUCUAUGUAUCUGCUUUUUCUAGAGAGUAGAGUGUUUAAGGGAGAUAUGUGGCUGUGAAAUUAUUAAAGUUGAUGUAAUAAAAUAUUUGAUUAGUUGGAGUGA